GACUUGCACCUCAUGUAAAAUUGAGACGCAAGAUCUGCACAUUUGUACGCCGGCAGUUUUUCAGUCUUGCUCAUUCGCACGUUCAAUCACUCUCUUCUCUUUCCAGCUGGAAUAUUUAUUUUGUUUCGCUUUCGUUAAUUAACUAAAGUGUACAAGUUGGUGGAGCUUGUUUGGGGACUUCAUAAUUAAGUGCACUCUUAACAAACAUUAUUUAUUUGCGAUUCAACAAGCUCAAUUUUCAUUCCACCAUGACCACGAAAAAGUUGAAGCAACGCUUGCGCAAUAUUUCUCUUCGCGACAAUGGAACCGAGGCGGGUUUGGUGGACGAUCUUUUUGGCGUUGACAACAACAAUUUUGAUGAUAGAAGCCAUGCAACAGGUCAAAAAAAGAAGAGGAAAGUCAAAAUCGACGAUAUUCCAGAGCCGGUCCUUGCAAAGAUUUUUGAAUUCUUGAAAGAACCCGACUUAAAAUCUCUUCGCUCCGUCUCAAAAUUAAUAUCACGCCCUGCCACCCAAAUAUUUCGAAACAUCCACACCCCCAUCAUUAUCAGCUCGGAAAUGAAGAUUUUCGCCUUUAAAGAAGACCUCGACCGCAGCUCUGAUUUCCCAUUUACCCGAUUCAAACUAAUCCUUCAACCGAUCCCACGCCAUAUGCUGAUCUCCUUCACGUCGCGGUAUGAAGAAUACAUAAAAUACUUGAGCAUCGAAACCCCUUCCGAAGGAUGUCAACGCCUCGUCUGGAAACUUACCGGUGUGAUUCAGGAACUCAUGGAUAUUGAAGAGCUAGAAAUUAUGUUCCCCUCCUUCAGCUCUUUUGAUUAUACGAAUUUACAAUUCGAAAACGAUUUUGACCUCGCUUCCCUCAAAAUCUUGUCAAUUUCGUUCGCCUCGAAUGGUUUCUGCCCGUUCAGUUCGGACUUAACGUUAAGUAUCUUGGAGCAUGCGGAGGAUCUGGAAAAACUUCGGGUUAAAUUACCCGAACCGAAAGAUAAGCUUGUGGAAACGGUCGAACUGCGCAGAGUUCUCGAAGCGGCUGCAGGAAUUCCGAAAAUUUCUCUGAUUUUGAAGAUCGACACGAACAAUAAUGUUCUUUUGGGGACAAUUUCGCAAGCAAUGGAGUCGCAAGGGAACACAAAUAUUAGAAGUGUGACAUUCCUUUUAGGCAAGUGGGUUACGGAGUAUCAAGAAAUUGCGAAAUUGCUUCGUUCCGGGGAAGGAAUGUUGAUUGGAGUGCAGAUUUUUAGACGGGUUAAAAUGGGGGAAAAGUUCUGUUCUGGAAGUUCGGGAAUAUUGCGGUUACCGGGGAUGAGUAAGUUGAAAUUUCUGGAGGUGGAUUCAUACCGGAUUCCGAUAAGAAAAAUAGAAAAAGGACAAUUCCCGGAGCUGAUCUCGCUCUCGCUGCACAUGCGCUUUGGAAAUGAAGAAUUUUACUGGGGCAGCGUUCUCCAUCCGGUGGAAAGGCUGAAGCUGCAGUUUCAUGAGACGUCCAUUAUGGCGGUGGAAAUUCCGGAGGUGUACUUGGAUAAUUUGGUGUCGAGUCAGCUGAAGAGAUUAGAGCUGGUUAAUCCUCCUCCAGGGCAGCUUAGUUUCAUGUCGGGAUGGGGAGGGAGCAUCGAGACGUUGAUCAUUUCAUCGCCCAAGGACGACCCGACUUAUUCGGAGGAAAAGGUUUUGUAUCAAUUGAGAGGUGUGACUGAACGAAAGAGGGAAAGAGGAUUUUCUAAUCGGCAAUCCGGCCUGUUGAAGCUGCAUCGUUUAAGGAAACUACAUCUCUUCAUUCCGAUUGAUGAAGCAAUGGCUGAUUAUUUGUGUGAUUUGGACCCUCUUUACGAACUCGUGGUGGAUGAUUCGAAGAUUUGUCGGGAAUCGAUUCAACGAUUAAGAAGCAAUCACAACAUCUACAUCUCUCGGCCAGGUUGUGACAGUCUGGAAUAAUUUAUUCUUUCCUGGUGUAUGCAGAACGACAGAUAAUCAACUAUUAAUUACUUUAAAGUGUGAUUUAGAGUUACUAUAAAAAUGAACUGAAAAAAAAACUGAAUAGUCUGAAAAAGUCCGGCCAUCUUUAAUAAAUUACGCUUAUUAUUAUCAAUCAAACUAUGCUAACUGAGCUUUGAAUAGUAGUUACCCUAAUGUAAAGAUAAUUUAGAAAAACUAGGAUUUACAAAUAUCUAUGUAUGUAUUUCUGCGAUUCAACGAAAUUUCACAGAUAUUCUUCCAUGCUGAGGAAGAAGUAAAUUGAUAAUAAAUUAUUAAAAGUGGUGGUAUACAUAAAUGCAAAUAAUGUUCUACUAUAUGGUAAUUUUUAUGAAGGGGUAGCGAAAAUGCUACCCGUUACCCGACCGGCUACCCGCAGCACAGCUACCCGUUACCCGCUACCCGUUAUGAGAAUUAGGUUAAAAACUAACCAAACUUCAGAAUAAAUAUGAUUUGAUCAAUUAUUUGUUCAUUUGGGUUGAUAUGUACUUUGAGAUAGUGCUAUCUAUGCAAGUAACGCAUGCCAGAAUUUUCUCGUUGAUGUCAAACUCGUUAUUUUUGAAACCAACAUUUUUGGCUUACAUUGGAUAGUUUUUUAAGCUAUACUGAUUUAUGUAUAUAAAAAAAUUAAGCCAAAAAAUAUUAAUUAUGUACAUGACACUUAUUUUUCCGUUGAAUGACCCGUUUAAAGGAAACUAUUAGGGGAGAGAACCAUGGUUUUUGUCCAGUGGAGGAAAAGAUACGGAACAUUUUGAAAUGGAAAAAUAAUAAAUUGACGCUUUUGUGGGUAAAUGGACUAA